AUGGAUGAAAGCAUACCCGACUACGGCAAGGUCCUAGACGACCUCGUUCAGGUCGCCCUCGCUGGGGGGAAGAUGAUCUUGGCUGGAGCAGAGACUAUACAUCAGAGGAACAAUAACGCAGUGAAAGAGAAGCUCAACUCUACUGAUCUGGUCACAGAGACAGACGAAGCUGUGGAAAGGACAGUGAUGGGACUUUUGAAGGCGAAGUAUCCCAGCUACAGAUUCAUCGGUGAAGAAUCCAACAAGAACGAACCGUUGACUAACGAGCCAACAUUCAUCUGUGAUCCUAUUGAUGGGACGAUGAACUUUGUCCAUGGCCACCCCUACGUCUCGAUCUCUCUUGGCCUCAGCUAUAUGAAGCGACCGGUGGUAGGAGUGGUGUACAAUCCCUUCUACCACCAUCUCUACACUGGGGCAGUUGGCAGCGGUGCUUUCUUCGAAGACUUCCGGGGUAAGAGACAGCUGCCAAUGAGGCACUCCACCACUCCUCUCGAGGCAUUGAGCGCAUGCCUCAUCCUGGUAGAGUGGGGCAAAGAGCGUUGUGGCGUCAAUUUCGAGACUACGGUUGAAACUUUCAAAAACCUCAGCAGGCAGGAGGGGGGGUUUGUGCAUGACUUAAGAACCUUCGGAAGUGCGGCACUCAAUCUCUGCACAGUGGCCACGGGAGCAGGGGACCUGUGCUGGGGAGGCGGCUGGGAUGCAUGGGAUGUCUGUGCGGGUUGGGCAAUUCUGCUCGAAGCAGGCGGGAAGAUGGUGGACGGAAACCCUUCAGCGUCGCUCGAUGAGCCGCCAUUGGGAGGAAAGAGGUUUCUUGCUGGUAAGUCAGUCCCCUAA